UGAAAUCACGCGAUGUUGUUCUCGUUUUUCACAUGAGAUCUGAAUUUGUUUAUGAUCAGUUCACAAUAUCAACACACAGUUCCUAACCGAACUUUUACCGCUCGUAUAUGGGUCUAUGUGCUUCUGGUGAACCAAAAAACUACGAAACGAUAAAUCCCUACGAUGGAGACACCUUUCUUUGCUUUCGGCAUGGCAAAGGAACGUAUCACUACAGCGAUGGUGACACGUACGUGGGACAAUGGAGAUGGAAUAACUUACACGGACAUGGCCUUUACAAACAUAAAACUGGAGAAGUGUGAGUAAGGUUACAUAUGCUGUUUUUUUAGUAAUGAAUCUAGACUUUGAUUAAACAUUUGAUGGGCGGUAAUGUUGGGGCUGAUGUUUCAUUCUUUCAUUUCAUGGCGCCUAGACGAUUUUUAAUCUCAAUUAACGUUAGUUUUGUAUGUGUAAGAUUUAAUGGCACAGCAAAGAAGAGUGAAACGGAGCAUUUCAAUUUCGAGCUAUCUUUCUGUUGUAUUAAUAGAAUUCCAUUUCAUUAUCAAACGGGUAGACUGCCCGUUGUCUUCAUGCAGAACCUCUUGUUAACUGUAGCGUGCCCGUGAUGAAUCCAUUUCGCUUAGUUAAUGAUUUUGCUACCCCAGUCUACGCAUUCUAGUUUCGCUAACAAGAAGCGUGUACGAAAGUGACCGAGCUAGCACAAAAUGACUUCAUGCAUAUGGCUAUUGCUGGAUAUUCCUUUAUUUGCUUGGCAAUAAAACCUCAGUUACCGCCGGUUUUAGUGGGUAGACCGAUGCACUUUCGUUUUUCCCCCUUUUGCCUGGUAACCAGGCCUUCCUUUCUUAAAAAUUGUGUUCGUCUUAUCAACAAAAUCUUUUCUAUUUAAUUCAAAUUUUUGCCCAGAGAGAACGAGAAUAUGUGGAUGUGAAACCUCUCAAAAACAGUUCGUCAAAACAAAUUUUAAUCUAUAAACAAAUUGGAGUUUGCUUUUCUUUUACUUGUUGUGAAAAGCAAAAUCAGCGAACGUGACUUCCCACACAUUGACCAAGCUUUAAAUCCCAAAACUUGUAGACCUUUUCUUCUGAACCAUUCGCUCGCGAACGCAAAUUAUUUACCUUAAACUCCUCCGUAUUUAAGGAUAUAACACUUGUAUUCUGCUGUAAAGACUUGACUCUUAUGGUUCUAAAACGCCACCCCAGUCAGGCUCAGUCGAAAAUUCCUAACCCGCCGGGCACGGAUGACGGUCAAAUGCCUGUGGGUUCCCUGGGGAGAGAUGUUGAAGCUUCGAAUUGAUCGGCGCAUGAGUUGAAGACCUGGUGAUCUUUUGCCGUAAUUUCCUCCGAGAAAAAAUAAUAGGUUUACAAUUUCAAAACUAUUGAAACCCAAAGGUAAGAAGAUCACAUACGCCAUCUUGUAACUCUUUCUUUUCUAUUGCUUUUUCUCGGUGUAAAUUUUCUAUUUAACAGCAAAAAGAAGCGGUAAAAAUUUUUUAGAACGACGUGACAACCGUUCUACGGUCAUUAUCAAGUUUCAAAUGUUGAAAUAAUAGGAACAUAAACUUAUAAGCGCAAUUCUUUGUAGCCUUUUUGCUUUGUGCUUUUAAUCCAUUAAAGAACUGUUUAGUAGUCUGUGAUAGUUUAUUUUUUAAAAAAACAAUGACCAACCCAGUGUACAUCGUGAAGAACUCGUGAUUGCAUCGUGAUUAUUUAAAACCCCUAUUUAGAAGGUGGAUGCUAUAUAACUGACGCGUAGGUCACGCAAUCAUCGCAAGUAGAAGAUUUGCUACAUUGACAAGUAUUUGCUUGAUCGAAAGCACAUUUGAACCAACAGACAAAAUCGACGGUUUCAAAAUGGGGCUAUGUAUUUCAGUGAAACGAAAAGAUUAUGAAGACAUUGUACGCUACGAUGGUGGGACUUUGCUUUGUUUCAAACACGGAGAAGGAACAAAUCUUUACGAAAAUGGCGAUAUAUACAAAGGGCAAUGGAAAUUGAAUCAAAUGCACGGUCAUGGAGUUUAUACACACGCUAACGGAGAAGUGUGAGUAGAGUGGCUAAAAUUGAUUAUCUCCAAAACCAGUGAUAGUUUAUUAAUAUAACCGAACAUGUUUACUCAAACAAGGUAGCAAUCAAGAUGCCACAAGUCACGUAAACAAUGCCAUGCAAUUAUCUGUUACAAAAGCCUCACACGCUUCUUCACAGCUCCCAAUCCGAUUUGAAUUUUCUAAGGCCAAAGUUUUCAAUAUAGAUAUUGAGACGCUUCGAAAUCACCUACACUUAGCCUUCUUUAAAACGCGUCGAAACUGAAACACUCUAAAUUGCGUAAUCUUCCUGUUUUUUCUCAGGCAUUUUCUUCUCUUAUGAGGGAAGGUGCCUCCUACCUUAAACGCUCUCACCUGGACGCGUUGCUACCCAGGGUAUGGUUUUGCACCCUUCUGUCGUGGAACAAGUUUUCAGUUCACAUAGCAUAAAAUAGGGUCAAUGCUCCGAGUCACCUCCGAAAACGUAAAAAUAUUGGACACCACUGAGGAAACUGCGUAAAAGAUGGUUCAAAUAUUGUUUUUUUUUAAUUUAUUUAUUUUAUUUCUUCAUUUAAAAAGACAAUCGCAAGCGUGAUCUGUGAUGACACUUCAGAUCUGUGAUCUGUGAUGACACCUCAUCAAGACAAUAAUAAUAAUAAUCUUUAAUUGUCACUUCCACUCUGCCCAACAGUGCAUCAAAACUUUGGAUAGAAUUUUUACAAUGAUCAUUCAUGUACGUCGAUUUAUUAACACUUCUCCGACACAUCGGUUGAUGAUCUUCCAAGAAAGUAAUUUCUAUCAAUUACCAAAAAAGUGGCCAACAGAUCUUUUUUCAUGAAAAUGUUACCACAAAAGCGGCGUAAUGUAUAAAAAGUACCCUUGAUGUUAGCGCGUAAAGAACUGAUAAUUCAGAUGUUUUUGUACUGUCCUCUCUGAUCAAGGUCACCAUAUAAAUUCUUACGUUUACCUCUUCGUAUUUUUUCGAUACCAAAGGAAACAAGGAUAUUUUUAUCAAAAUCAGUACAUCGGAAAUGAUCCUGGAAAUCUAUUUGCUGCCACAACAUGUUGCACUGGGUCAUGUUUUGGAGGUGCACAAUCAGGACCUAUUGCAAGUGAUGAGGAGAUAAGGUAAAAUUUUCAUUCUGAAGAAAAAAAAAAAAAAAAGCUUACACAUUCGUUUAGUCUGAAUGAUUGCGUGAAUGCCUGAGGAGAGACACCCAAAAGGACGUACCUUAGACUUCUUCCCAUCACAGGAAAGGUCAACGAAUAGGGUCCGUUUUGAGUCCAAUUGUGACAGAUUCAUAAGUUGUAAACCCUUUCACUUCCAAGUAAUUCUCCUAGCUAAUGAUGAAACAUUAUUCCUUUGUGAGCAUUUCCUGAGAAUUUGUUGAAGCAUCAAGAAAAUAAUUAUAAUAAUCUUUAAUCGUCACUUCCACUUUGCCCAAAAGUGCAUCAAAACUUUUAAGAGAACUUUUACAGUGAUCGUUAUUGGGAAAAAAAAAGCACCUCUUGGCCUCAGUUAUGUUGCAAAUGACUUUUUGAUGGUGUUGCGUGACGUCCACGAAAUAAUGUCGUGUGACUUCCUCUUGGCCUCAGUUAUGUUGCAAAUUGUUGCAAAUGAUUUUUUGAUGGUGUUGCGUGGCGCUCACGAAAUAGUGUCGUGUGACUUCCGUUAAAUAUCUGGGAGACUACGACUGAAGAUGAAAAUAAUUGAAACAUUCGCAUGAAUUAUUACUUAUCUCUUUCAGAAAACAAGCGAUGAAAGAAAAAGCCGAACAGAAGGCUAAAGAAAGAGAGGCACAGCAACGCCGAAGGGACGAAAUACGACAGAAGUAUUUAACAUAAUUCAGAUCUAUCUGAACGUCCAUACAAGAGAUAUGAACAUUCCUCUCCAGAUAGCCAUAGGAUGUGUAAAAUACAGGAUGACCUUUUGUUCUGGAAAAUCUGCGUGAGUGAGAACGAUGCAGAAUAGGGCGUCACGCAAGUAAAUCACGCGAGAAAACGCGUAUGUUCCUGGCACCCUCUGUUGAAAGAGACAUAGCAUAUUUAAGGAGAGAUGUAGGUGAAGGAUAAAAGUUUGAGCCAAAGCUCUAUUAUGUACAUCGCCUGUAUAAACAGAAAUUCAAUUAGAUCACGUUUUUAUUGUUUAUAAUUCC